GGGGGCAGAGACUCUCAGGCCUUCUCAGUGGAUCUGGCUAUUUUCUCCCAAGGACCUGAAAUCUCCUCACCAUGCUCUGGGCUCCCCUCAUCGUCCUACUAGGAACGUGGUGCACAGGUUCCAGCUCGCAGACUGUGGUGACUCAGCCGCCCUCAGUGUCAGUGUCCCCAGGAAACACCGUGAAACUCUCCUGCACCAUGAGCACUGGGACCAGCAUCGGUGACUACUAUGUGUACUGGUACCAGCAGAAACCUGGGAAUUCUCCACGAUACCUGCUGUAUUACUAUUCGGAUUCCAGCAAGGGCCAGGGCUCUGGGGUCCCUGCUCGCUUCUCUGGUUCCAAAGACACGUCCAGUAACGCCGGCUAUCUGACCAUCUCCGGGGUCCUGGCAGAGGAUGAGGCUGAUUAUUACUGUGCGGUGCGGAAGAGUGGCAGUGCUGUUCUACACAGUGACACAGACAGAUGGGGAAGUUCUCUCGCCCAGUACGUGCUGACUCAGCCGCCUUCAGUGUCUGUGUCUCCAGGACAAAAUGCUCAACUGACCUGCUCAGGGAACAACAUUGGUAGCAAGUAUGUGCACUGGUACCAACAGAAACCUGGCAGCGCCCCCCUACUUAUUAUAUAUGAGAAUAGCAACAGACCCUCCGGAAUCCCGGAUCGAUUCUCCGGUGUCAACUCCGGUAACACGGCCACGUUAGCCAUCACUGGAGUCCAGGCGCAGGACGAGGCUGAUUAUUACUGGAUGCCCAGGAAGGUCUCAGGCCUCCAGCCGUCACCUGUCACCGAGCAGCCGAGCAGGGACACAUGUCCUGCUCCCUUUUGA